CCACAGACGAAUUCUGCGUCAACGACAACUUCCAGUCAAAGCUGACCCGCGUAAAAGUUCAAUUAGUGACAUUCAAAGGGGAAAGCGAGCCAGAGAAAAAGGAGACAAGAACAAAAGUAGUUUUAUCUCCAUUUUCUUUUAUAUUUAGUCAUGUGGAGGACGACAGAAAACAUGAAAUUGAAGCUGCAAUCGUUCGCGUCAUGAAGUCAAGGAAAGUGCUUGGUCAUAAUAACCUCAUCACAGAGGUGACUCAGCAGCUCAAGCAUCGAUUCUUACCAAAUCCUAUCUUAAUCAAGAAGAGGAUAGAGUCUUUGAUGGAAAGGGAUUAUCUGGCGCGGGAUGCUCACGAUCUCAAGCUUUACAACUAUGUCGCAUGA